AUUCCUCUCUCCCGUCUCGCUCUCCACUCUUCGCGCCGCCACAGCCUCCAAACCCUCAUCUCCCCGGCGCCCUAGUCCCCCCCCAACCCACCCCCACAUCCAUCCAUGGCGGACCGCGGCGGCGAGCGCGGUGGUGACCGCGGAGGCGAGCGCGGCGGGUUCGGCCGCGGAUUCGGUCGCGGCGGGCGCGGCGACCGUGGCGGGCGCCGUGGUGGGCGUCGCGGCCCGCGCCAGGAGGAGGAGAAGUGGGUCCCCGUCACCAAGCUCGGCCGCCUCGUCAAGGAAGGCAAGUUCCAGAAGAUCGAGCAGAUCUACCUCCACUCGCUCCCCGUAAAGGAGCACCAGAUCGUGGAGACGCUCUGCCCGGGUCUCAAGGACGAGGUGAUGAAGAUCACCCCCGUGCAGAAGCAGACCCGCGCCGGGCAGCGCACCCGCUUCAAGGCCUUCGUCGUCGUCGGCGACAGCAACGGCCAUGUCGGGCUCGGUGUCAAGUGCGCCAAGGAGGUGGCCACCGCCAUCCGCGGCGCCAUUAUCCUUGCCAAGCUCUCCAUCGUGCCGGUCAGGAGGGGCUACUGGGGAAACAAGAUCGGGCAGCCCCACACCGUGCCUUGCAAGGUCACCGGCAAGUGUGGUUCUGUCACCGUGCGCAUGGUGCCCGCCCCUAGGGGUUCUGGGAUCGUCGCCGCUCGCGUGCCCAAGAAGGUGCUGCAGUUCGCUGGUAUUGAGGAUGUCUUCACCUCGUCACGUGGAUCCACCAAGACCCUUGGCAACUUCGUCAAGGCAACCUUUGACUGCCUUAUGAAGACUUAUGGAUUCCUUACCCCUGAUUUCUGGAGGGAGACCACAUUCACCAAGGCACCAUACCAAGAGUACACUGACCUCUUGGCAAAGCCAACCAAGGCCCUCAUGCUUGAUGCACCAGUUGAGAAGAUAGAAGCUUAGGAUGUCGGCGUAAAGAGUUUUACUAGCUUGGAGUUGUCUAAUGCACUUCACUUUAUUAUAGUUGAGAACUGGGUGUCAUCUUCAGAUUCUGCUGCGUCUGGAUGUCUGUGUUUGCUGUCAAGUUUUGCAUUAUGGUACAUUGCUGCUGUUUUUAAUCGAUGGAUGCUACAUAAGUUAUGUCUAUCUAUUCUUUUAUGUCUAGCUGCAGAUGAUGAUUACUUUAAGAUC